ACCGCAAUGAUCAAGACCAAUUACAUUUUUUGCAUAUCAUUUACCAUUUGGCUACUUGUUCUGCUAGCAAAUAAAGGCAGUCACUGUCAUGCUAGUUGCAUCUUUCUUGCUCCAUCUUCUCAAGGUCUAGAAGAUCAAGAAUAAAUUCCAACCUCCACCGAAAAACAAAAAUGGCAGAGCCCUCUCUACAAAAGAAAAAAUUAGAAGGCAAAGUAGCCAUAAUCACCGGUGGUGCAAGCGGUAUAGGGGAGGCAACGACACGACUUCUUUGCACCCAUGGGGCAAAAAUCGUGAUUGGCGAUAUCGAGGAUGAGAAGGGCCAAAAAGUUGCAGAAUCAAUUGGUUCAAACCUAUGCAGCUAUAUCCAUUGUGAUGUUUCCAUCGAAGACCAAGUUCAAGCCAUGGUUGAAUGGACUUUAAAGACUCGUGGCCACCUUGACAUCAUGUUCAGCAAUGGAGGGAUAUUCAGCCAAUCAGCUCAGAAAGUUCUUGACCUUGAUCUAUCCGGGAUGUACUACAAUCUCUUCUCCGUCAAUGUUGGUGGCAUGGCUAGUUGCUUGAAACAUGCAGCCCGUGCGAUGAUAGAUCAGAGCAUCAAGGGCAGCAUAGUAUGCAUGGCUAGCGUUGCAGCAACCCGUGGUGCUGAAAAUUGGACUGACUAUUGCAUGUCUAAGCAUGCGGUGUUGGGGCUGAUGAGAUGCGCCAGUAAGCAGCUCCGUGAACCAUAG